AUGCCCAUCGAGAUACGGGCUGCCUCGGAGCACGAUCUCAGGCGAUGUGCCGAGAUCGGGCAUCAGGCCUUCACCAAAAACCCAUUCUCGAAGAUCAAGUUUCCUGGUUACGUCCCGGACGAUGGAUUCCUGGGACUCCGAACCGGUGACCUGGCGAAGCAACUUCGAGAGGACCCGACCUGUCGAAUGUUCGUCGCAGUGGACACUGAGCGAAGAGGCAGCAAUGCGGUCGUCGGUUUUGCCAAAUGGAACGUAUACUCAAAUGGCAUGCCUUACGCGAAGUCAAACCCCGCUUCGUGGGGCCCGGGUGCCAACGUCGAAGCAUGCAAGACGAUCUUCGCAGGGGUUGAAGCAAUGCGGAAUUUCUUGAUGGGAGGCAGGCCAUGCAUUUACCUCCAUGUUCUAGUAACCGACCCGCUGUACCAGCAGCGCGGCGUGGGGCAAAAGCUGAUGACCUUCGGCAUACAAGAGUCUCUUCAUUUGGAGAUACCGGUUUAUCUUGAGGCGACGGAGGCCGGCCAUUCUCUAUAUCUGAAAAUUGGGUUUGAUGAUAUCGAGAUUCAUCGUUCUGACCUAUCCAAGUUUGGGGAGUCUCGGCCUCAUAUGAUAUGGGCAAUGAUUCGGGAACCCUAUUGUUGGUUCCCCUGA